AUGAAAGAGGCUCCAAGGGAAACCUCUGAUGCCGGAAUUCCUUAUGUCUCAAUUAAAACAAGAUUCCACCAGCUUCAGACGUUUUCUGAUAUUAAAAAAACAGUGAGGUCCUUGGCUGGGGAUCCUGCAGAUGUAUCGGUCGCUGGUCUAUCACGAAGUGCCCAUGGAGUUAGUUCCACUGCUCACCCGGAUGUUAGUACUGGUGGUAGUCCCGGUAGUUGUGGGGAGCUGGAUACACGCAAGAGAGUACUUUGCGUGUGGGAUGUGGAUGACACGCUCGUCAGCUCGGGUCCAUCUGGAGUUCGUCAGCAUCCUCUCUUUACUGAGGAGGAACUCACAGGCCUCUACCGAAAUCUUAAGGCGAGACAUUUGCUGCUCUCGCAAGGUAGCAUUGAUGAUGUCUUUGCACCUGGAGGAUUAGGGAAGUUGCAAUAUCUGGCGCCCUUCUUUCUUCCACAGACUGCUGCCAUGUCAGCCAAGAAGUCAAAAGUAAAUGUUGGAUGUGGCGGUUUCUUCACCUCGUGUGGACGACCAAAUACGGCGCGUCAAACAAACUCCAAUACCGCCAUCGAUAAAAGUAGUAGUGGAAUCAAAAAGAAGAAAAAAGGAGAAGGGAAGGAUAAUGAUGAGGAUAAAGAUGCCGGGGCGGAUAUUGUUCGCAUUGCCACUCUACGUGCCCCACCAGAGCAGCCAGAGGAUACAGAACUGUUCUUUAGCGAAGAUAAAAAACCACCACGGUGUUCGAGCGAAGUGCGGUGGUUGGUAAUGCGUCCCUCAUUGUGGGGUAUCUCACUUGCGAGUCUCUCAAACUUCAUUGCCCCAUCAGAGCAUACCGCCUUUCUUGAUGGCUCUGUCUUCCAUAAGAUGGAUGUGGUUCGCUCUUUGGCGGCUAGUGGAUUAUGGGAUGUUGUAUUUUUUAUGGACAAUGAUCUCACAGAGCUUGGAUUGAUACGACCAGGUCUUGGUAUAGAUGACUACUAUCGCAUGAAGAGCGUAGGUAAACUUUUACGAUUUUUUCAAGGAGAUUAUCUCCUACUAGAGGUUUCCGCCGCCUUAGAGGAAAAAGAGCGUAAAAAUAACGUAGUUGAAGUGACAACGAGUCCUUCGAAAGAUACAGAUCCGAUAUUGAACGGUAACUCAACGGAAGUAAAGAAUGGAGAACGUAAAAAGAGUACUAGCAUAUCUCAAGCUGUUUUUUUACCACUUGUCCAGAUACUUGGGACGGAAAACAAAAUUAAUGGUGAAAGAAAAGUUAGUGAUUGUAGUACAUCUGUAAUGAAAAAUAAGGAGGAUACACAGUCACAGGGACAAGUAGUAGAACUUGUUUUAGCUCAUCUUCGACUGAGUGGGGCGAAGUUUCGCCGUAUUACCAAGGUGGAAUCUGAUCCAUUGUCGCGUAAAGAGAGGGAAUGGUGGCAUCCAGCACUUCGAACAGGUCCGCCUUGCACGGAUGAACAUUACACACAGUUAAUGGAGGAUUUUUUCAUCUUUGAAGCGGAAGUAUUAAAUGAGGUUGCGAAGCCAUCACCUCAGAUUAUGACAUUUUAUGGAUGGGAACCAAGUAUAGGCGUAGUGCGUUAUCCUAUAUACAAGAGACCAGAACAUAUUCCAAAACUUAAUAAUCAGUAUGAAGAGGUUUGUCAUCAAGUGAUAACGAAUAUUAUCGAACAGCUAGAUUCCCGAUUAACCGCAGCGCAAGAAUAUGAACUAAAGCGUGAAGCAAACAUUCUCUACCGACGCCUUAUUCGACGUCAACCAGUGAUAGACCCCCAACUCAUUGUGAAACUCGCCACUGCGCUUUUUGAAACACUACGAUCAGAGGGACGUUUGCCACGUAACCUUUCCGAUAGACUCAAGAAAGACAUUCGGUUCAUGUUAGGGGAUGUCAUCACAAGCACCAGUAACAGUAACAUCAGUGAGGGAGUCAAUAGGCACAACUCUCCAACUACUUCCUCCAAGACGGAUUGA